AUGAAGGCGAGUUUGGGCGCGUUUGGUACCGCAUUCUCCAUGGUGAUUGUGUACGUAGAGGAUGUCAACGAUGAGGCCCCCGUGUUCACACAGCAGCAGUACAGCCGUCUGGGACUUCGAGAGACUGCAGGUGUUGGCACGUCAGUCAUCGUCGUUCGAGCUACCGACCGAGACACUGGGGAUGGCGGCCUGGUGAACUACCGCAUCCUGUCGGGUGCUGAGGGGAAGUUCGAGAUUGAUGAGAGCACCGGGCUUAUCAUCACCGUGGACUACCUGGAUUACGAGACCAAGACCAGCUACUUAAUGAACGUGUCUGCCACUGACCAGGCCCCCCCCUUCAACCAGGGCUUCUGCAGCGUCUACAUCACCCUGCUCAAUGAGCUAGACGAGCUUCAAGGGGAAGUUAUGCCAGGCAGAGGAAGUGACAUGGAUGUGGGAACAUGGGCAGGAAGGACAGGGUUAACAAGGGUGGGAUAUUGUCACUCAGCCACCUGGCCCCUCUUGCAGGGUGUGAUCACAGUCAAGGGCCUGGUGGACCGGGAGAAGGGUGACUUCUACACUUUGACAGUGGUGGCAGAUGAUGGCGGCCCCAAGGUGGACUCCACCGUGGUCUAUAUCACUGUGCUGGAUGAGAAUGACAACAGCCCCCGGUUUGACUUCACCUCCGACUCAGCGGUCAGUGUACCUGAGGACUGCCCUGUGGGCCAGCGAGUGGCAACUGUCAAGGCCCGGGACCCUGAUGCUGGCAGCAAUGGGCAGGUGGUCUUCUCCCUGACCUCUGGCAACAUCGCUGGAGCUUUUGAGAUUGUCACCACCAAUGACUCCAUUGGUGAAGUGUUUGUGGCCAAGCCCCUGGACAGAGAAGAGCUGGACCACUAUAUCCUCAAGGUUGUGGCUUCUGACCGUGGCACCCCUCCACGGAAGAAGGACCACAUCCUGCAGGUGACUAUCCUGGAUGUCAAUGACAACCCUCCAGUGAUCGAGAGCCCCUUUGGAUACAAUGUCAGUGUGAAUGAGAACGUGGGUGGAGGUACUGCUGUGGUCCAGGUGAGAGCCACCGACCGUGACAUCGGGAUCAACAGUGUCCUGUCCUACUACAUCACUGAGGGCAACGAGGACAUGACCUUCCGCAUGGACCGCAUCAGCGGGGAGAUCACCACACGGCCUGCCCCUCCUGACCGCGAGCGCCAGAGUUUCUAUCACCUAGUUGUCACCGUGGAGGAUGAGGGCACCCCCACCCUGUCGGUGAGUGAUGGGGGUGGCUAG